AAAUAAAAAUACAAAAAGUUAGACCGAGGAUGUGAAGAAACCAUUACUAAAAAAAACUUCUCAAAAGAAAACAAAAUCUUUUCCAUCCAAACGUAGAGAAAUAGAGAAAUCAAUAAUAAACGAAAGCAGAAAAUAAUUGAAAAUUAAAACAGUUAAAAUCUUUUGAAUUUUUUUUAGUUCCGAUCCUCUUUUCCUUUUCAUUUUUCCUUUUGCCCGUUUCUUUUACCAGAAUUAUAAUCCCUUCAACUUAGUACAAUUCCUGCUAUAAAAUCUCAUUAACUAUGAGCUCGAAGAAACUCUAAAACUAGAACCGAUUGAAAACUCAACCGAUGAGUUUGAAACCGAUCAGCCAUAGUAAAUCAAACCCUCUUUUUCCCCUCCUUUCUCGCAAACCAAACACAAACGCUGCCUCAAUUCCUCAACCCCUGCUCGCAAAAACCCGUCUAAAACCCUAAUCGUCAAUCCACCGAAAAUCCCAUAAGCGUUAAAGUCCAAAUCAAUGUCCCGAUCAUGAAACUUCACUCCCUAUUACGCCAAAUCUCUCAUCCAUGGAUUCAGAAUCUUCGCACCUACUGCACGGAAGAAAUGGCUGUUGUCAAUGAAGUUCUCCCCAUCGUUGCCACUGCCAAACCCAUGGAACCAGCAUUAGAACCUUUGGUUCCAUUCUUAUCUCCUGGCAUUGUCUCUUCUAUAAUCGAAAAUCCACCAAGUCCUCAAUUGUGCUUUCGUUUUUUUAUCUGGGCAUCCAAGUACAAGCGUUUUCGCUCGUGGGUAUCUCGCACUGUAAUCGUUGAUAUGCUCAUUAAAGAUAAUGGGUUUGAAUUGUAUUGGCAAGUUAUCAAAGAUAUAAAGAAUUGUCAUAUUUCAAUAUCGGCUGAUGCAUUUACAGUGCUGAUUCAAGCAUACGCGAAGAUGGGUAUGGUUGAGAAAGCCGUGGAAGCUUUUGAAAUGAUGAAAGAUGUUGACUGUGAGCCUGAUGUUUUUACUUAUAAUACAAUUUUGCAUGUCAUAGUGAGCAGAGAAGUUUUUUUGUUAGCUUUAGGGAUUUAUAAUAGAAUGUUGAAGCUCAAUUGCUUACCAAAUAUAUUUACGUAUAGCAUGUUGAUAGAUGUUCUUUGUAAGAGUGGGAAAACCCAGAAUGCACUUCAGAUGCUCGAUGAAAUGACGCAAAGAGGAAUUUUGCCAAAUAAGGUUUUAUAUACAAUAAUAAUUUCAGGUUUGUGUCAAGCUCAGAGGACUGACGAUGCUUAUAGGUUGCUUAAUACGAUGAAAGAUAGUGGGUGCAAGCCUGAUCUUGUCACUUAUAAUGCUUUGCUUGAUGGGUUCUGUAAGUUACGUAGAGUCGAUGAGGCAUUGGCACUUUUAAAGCUUUUUAAAGAGGAUGGUUAUGUGCUUAACAAAGAGGGAUACAGUUGUUUGAUUGAUGGGCUGUUUAGAGUGAGGAGGUUUGAAGAUGCGCAAUUGUGGUACAGGCAAAUGAUUGAGGAUAAUAUCGAGGCUGAUGUUGUCUUGUGCACUAUAAUGAUCAAGGGGUUAUUGAAAGCAGGCAAGGUUGAGGAUGCAUUAAAGUUGUUGAGUGAAAUGACUGAUAGAGGUGUGGUUCCUGAUACUCGUUGUUAUAAUGCUUUGAUCAAAGGUUUUUGUGAUAUGGGUCUCUUGGACGAGGCAAAAUCACUUCAUCUUGAGAUUUCGAACCAUGAUUCUUUUCCAAAUGCCUGCACUUAUACCAUUUUCAUUUGCGGUAUGUGCAGGAAAGGGUUGGUUGGGGAUGCACAACAAAUGUUUGAUGAGAUGGAGAAGCAUGGGUGUUAUCCUUCUGUGGUUACAUUCAAUGCUCUUAUUUAUGGACUUUGUAAGGCUGGAAAGCUUGAGGAAGCUCAACUUUUAUUUUACAGGAUGGAGAUAGGGAGAAAUCCUUCAUUGUUUCUACGUCUUUCUCAGGGUGCUAAUCGGAUUCUUGACACUGCAAGUCUACAAACUAUGGUGGAGCAAUUGUGUAUCUCAGGAUUCAUUCUCAAGGCAUAUAAGACUCUCAUGCAACUUGCUGAUAGUGGGGUUGCACCUAACAUUAUAACUUACAACAUUCUGAUUAACGGUUAUUGCAAGGCAGGCAACAUUAAUGGUGCUUUUAAGCUCUUAAAGGAGCUUCAACUCAAGGGGUUGUCACCAGAUUCUGUAACGUAUGGAACCCUUAUAAAUGGGCUUCUAAUUGUUAAAAGAGAUGAGGAUGCCUUUAAGGUGUUUGAUCAGAUGUUGAAGGCUGGGUGUGCACCAACUACGGCUGUUUAUAAAUCACUUAUGACUUGGUCAUGCAGGAGAAAGAAGGUACCUUUAGCUUUUAAUAUUUGGUUGCAAUAUCUGCAUAACACUCCUGGCCGAGACAAUGAAGAAGUUAAAAAGAUAGAGGAAUACUUUGAGAAGGGAGAGCUGGAGAAGGCAGUUCGAGGGUUACUUGAGAUGGACUUUAGGUUAAAUGAUUUUGAGUUGGCACCAUAUACUAUUUGGCUAAUUGGACUGUGUCAGGCAGGUAGAUUAGAAGAGGCUUUGAAGAUAUUUUUCAUUCUUCAGGAUUGUAAAGCAAUUAUUACUCCUCCAAGUUGUGUGAAGUUAAUACAUGGAUUAUGCAGAGAUGGAAAUCUUGAUCUUGCAGUUGAAAUGUUCCUUUACACAAUUGAGAAAGGUUACAUUUUGAUGCCACGAAUUUGUAAUCAUCUACUUAAGUUGCUCCUUCGUUCGAAUGAGAAAAAGGAUCAUGCAUUUGAUCUUUUGAACAGAAUGGAAUCACUGGGAUAUAAUUUGGAAGCUCACCUUCACCGAACUACAAAGUUCCUUUUACAUGGUGAUCCGGUACAUUUUAGGGACAAGAAAGAGUAAGCUUCUUAAAUAUUCAACUUUCUCCAAAACCAUGCUCCAAGAAAAUGUAAGUUGACUGGGGACCCUUUUUAGUCUCUUUGAAGGAGAACUGAGCAUCUUCAUUAGAAUCCUGGGUUUUACUAGAAAUGGAAUAGAAGCUGAAAAUGAACUUUGACAACUGCUGGGGCAUUACUCCAAGAAAUGAAAAAAAUGCAGCUUUAGACUGACAGGAUGAAGCGAGAGAACUGGUGGGGCCGAUUCCACUAAGGAUGGGAUGAAGCUCAGUUGAGUUUGAUAAUGUCAAUAAAAUUGCAAUUUCAUGAGCUUGCUUUUCCAUUAUUUUGUUUCCAUCCAGGCAGUUGUUGCAAUUGUUGUAAAUCAAAGCCUUGAUCUUGUAUUCUUUACCGGUUACGAUUAGAUUAGUGGACCUAAACUUUUUCAGAUUUUACUGGAUGGAAUAACCAAUCAUCAAGAAAGUUGAUGGUUCAUGAUUUUAUGUCCAUCUCAAACAUUCUGUAACUUGUAUACUGAAAUUUAUUUGUAAGUUUAUUACUUGUUCAGAGAAAAGAGAAAAGGGAGAAAAAAGUACUAAUUUGAUUGAAA